UUAAGUUUGCAGUCUUAAGCACGUCCGCGACGUCUCUGGUUCCUGGAAAAAGCUACAGAGUGAGACGUCCUGUGCGCCUCCGCUUCUUUGCUCCGUGUGUUAGGAAACGUGGCCUUACGCAGCAUCCCGCUGUAUGAAGGAGACGCGCACAGCAGCUAUACCUUCCAUCCGCCUGCCUUCCACCCCGCUGCCCCCUCGAAGCCCGUCUCUGAACCAACGACCAUGGCUGACACGGAACAAGCCCCGGCCUCGGUGCCGGAGGCCGCUGCUGCCGCGGUCCUGGACGCCCUGAACGCGACGGACACUAACGGGACCGAGGCGCUCAACGCUACGGCAAAGUUCGUCGCCUCGCCGGAGGGCACCGCGCUGGCGUACGGCAGCCUGGUGUUCAUGGCACUGCUGCCCAUCUUCUUCGGAGCCCUGCGGUCCGUCCACUGCUCCAAAUCUAAGGAGCUUGGAGAAAAUGAUUACGAUUCGGGCUUCAGAAAUGCAUCAGACAUGCCUGAAACGAUCACCGGUCGAGACGCAGCCAGGUUUCCCAUCAUCGCCAGCUGCACUCUGUUUGGGCUCUACCUCUUCUUCAAGGUAUUCUCACAAGAGUACAUCAACCUGCUGCUGUCAGUCUACUUCUUUGGCCUGGGCGUCCUGGCUCUGUCUCACACCAUGAGUCCUCUGAUGUCCAGAAUCUUUCCUGAUUCCUUCUCAAACAAACAGUUCCAGCUGCUCUUCACUCAGGGCUCUGAAGAGACCAAAGAAGAAAUUGUGAAUUAUGAGUUUGACACCAAGAACUUGGUGUGUUUGCUCAUCAGCACCGUGGUGGGAGUCUGGUACCUGUUGAAAAAGCACUGGAUAGCCAAUAACCUGUUUGGUUUGGCGUUCGCCCUCAACGGAGUGGAGCUGCUCCAUCUGAACAACGUCAGUACCGGCUGCAUCCUGCUGGGGGGGCUGUUUGUCUACGACGUCUUCUGGGUGUUUGGGACUAACGUCAUGGUAACAGUCGCCAGGUCCUUUGAGGCGCCGAUCAAAUUGGUGUUUCCUCAGGACUUAUUGGAGCGAGGACUUGAUGCCAGUAACUUUGCCAUGUUGGGUCUUGGGGACAUCGUCAUCCCCGGGAUCUUUAUCGCCCUGCUGCUGCGCUUUGACGUCAGCCUGAAGAAGAACAGCAGGACGUACUUCUACUCCAGCUUCCUGGCCUACAUCUUCGGACUGGGCCUCACCAUCUUCGUCAUGCACACCUUCAAACACGCACAGCCCGCUCUGCUCUACCUGGUCCCGGCCUGCGUGGGCUUCCCCGUCGUCGUCGCUCUGAUCAAAGGAGAACUCACAGAGUUGUUCAGGUACGAGGAGACCCCUCCUGAGGAUACAGAUGUUAAAGAAGACCCAGAAACAGAGAAGAAGGACCAAUAGCAUCCAUCGCUGCCCCCGGCCCCGCCCCCUUCCUCAAGCGUUCCUCAUCCAGCCUGCUGCCACAUUUCACUGAAGCCCGCCUCCAGCUUCCUGUCUGCCGCUGAGUGUUGUCUGAUACCGCGUGACGGCCCAGCUGGUCUCCGUGGUAACGGUAGAUUUGUAUUGUAAAGGUCGUUUGGGUAGACUGCGACUCGGAGCCUCGUGGUGACUCCUGAACUUCUGUGUUUGCAGCUCAGAUUGACCACAAACCGUACAGUUCAGACCAAACGCAAAGAUGUUUCUAAACCUCUCGCUGCUUCUCCUCUAAAGUGAAGUCUGCUUCCUGUGUUAAAGCUGCAUUCUCACACCAGCAGCUGGGGGGCGGGGCUAAGGCUCCACACACAAUGCCACAAAGUGUCUCCUUUGCGUUUGGUCUGAACUGCUUUGUUUUCAUCGACCUUAAACAACAGUAAAACAAGCGCUGCUUUUGCUUUCUUUGUUUUAAACACACACCUCUCGCCAAUGUUUUCAGUCGUGCUUUACUUUAGUUUUAUUGUUGAAGGUCAGAAUUUUAAGAGGGCCAAGGAAGCCCAGAUCAUUGGAAGACGUUCUGUUCUUGGUCUGAACUGCUUCUGGUUCUCCAGCGUCUGAUCUUCCAGGCCUCGUUCUGACGUCUUAUUGGUGCAGAGGGUGUCGGAGGCAAUAGGCUCAGAGAACAAGAGUUUCAGGGGUUUUUCAAAAUAAAGCAUCGGUUUUGAAUAUUUUUUUUGUUCAUUCGUUUAACUUAAUUUUACAUUAAAUCAGAGACUGGUUGCAUGAGUUAGACAAAAUAAGCAAACCUGAAGCUGAAUAACCUUCCGGAGUCGGUCAAUCUGAAGCGCCGACUUAUUUCUUGAAUUUCUGUUCAAAGAUCCACGUUUUAGUAAAAAAAACUCGUCAAGGAUCCAAAUUGAGGCAUCGGAGCACGAGACAUGUGUCAUCUAAAUCAUCUCAAGUGCCAAAAACCAUCGACAGUCAUUUUCUUAAAGAGGUUUUGAGUCUGUUUCAAAAGUAUCUAAUUCCCACUUUUGUAUUAUUGUCCAAUGAAUAUAUAAUCUAUCAUUUGAGGAAGUCAUUUCAUUUAAAGCUUCCGAUUGGACGUGAUUGGCCUUGUUAUUGUUCUCGAUGUUGAUCAAUGUCGCUUUAUCAAGAGAUGCACAGUUUUUGUAUUUUGAUGUAAAAACAUGAGAGGAAAUCCCCCAUCCUUCGCUCCGUGUUGUUCAGUAGCUCAUCAUCAGCAUUUUAAAUGAUGUAUUUGAACUAUUUAGUCUUUCUUUCUUUGGUUAGAUUUGUGCAGGAGGUCGUUUUUAUGGCCUGAAUAUAUAUUUUAUUUGCAAUAAACCUUUUUGGGGGUGUUUUGAUCACCACGUAGAGAAGCAUAA